GGCUGGGAAAUGCCGGCUCUCAACGCCAUGCCUGUCAGAUGAGAAGAGAGCUGCAGAUGUUUGAGUCGGAGGUGGAUGAGAAAAGGGAGAUGCCCUUGGAGGAAGGGAAGGGGCCAGGUGCCGACGACCCCCCACCCAGCAAGGACCCCUCUCCUGGCCAGGAGCCUCUUCCGGGACAAGACCUUCCACUCAAUAAGGACUCCUCUUCUGGCCAGGAACCAUCUCCUGGCCAAGAAUCCCUCUCGAGCAAAGACUCAGCUUUCUGCAAGGAACCCCCACCAUGCCAGGAACCCCCACCACGCCAGGAACCCUCACCAACCAAGGACUCCCCACCAUGCCAGGAACCCCCUGCCGCCCAAGCCCUCCCUCCCUGCCAAGACCUUCCUGCUGAGCAAGAACCCUCUCCCAGCCAAGACCCUCUACUCAGCCAAGACCUCCCUGCCAUCCAGGACCCUCCUGCUCAGGACCUUCCGCCAUGUCAGGACCUACCCCCCAGCCAGGCCCCGCUACCAGCUGAGGCCCUCGCUGAGACCACGGGCUCUGGGGGCCCUCCGGCAGCCACCGGGGGCCCGCCUGUGGCCUCCAGGCCGGCCUUUGUGAUUCCUGAGGUCCGGCUGGAUAGUGCCUACACCCAGAAGGCAGGGGCGGAGGGGGGCAGCUCCGGGGAUGAGGAGGACGCAGAAGAGGCUGAGGAGGGGGACGAGGGGGAGGAAGAUGAGGAUGAGGACACCAGCGAUGACAACUACGGGGAGCGCAGCGAGGCCAAGCGCAGCAGCAUGAUAGAGACGGGCCAGGGUGCCGAGGGCGGCCUCUCGCUGCGGGUGCAGAACUCGCUGCGGCGCCGGACGCACAGUGAGGGCAGCCUGCUGCAGGAGCCCCGCGGGCCCUGCUUCUCCUCCGACACCACCUUGAACUGCUCCGACGGGGAGGGCACUACCUCUUCCUGGGCCAUACCUUCGCCCCGCACCCUCAAGAAGGAACUGGGCCGCAACGGGGGCUCCAUGCACCACCUUUCCCUCUUUUUCACGGGACACAGGAAGAUGAGUGGGCCCGACACGGUUGGGGACAAUGACGAAGGCGCCCGGAAGAGAAAGAGCAAAAACCUAGCCAAGGACAUGAAGAACAAGCUGGGCAUCUUCAGGCGGCGGAACGAGUCCCCCGGGGCCCAGCCAACAGGCAAGGCAGACAAAGUGAUGAAGUCAUUCAAGCCCACCUCGGAGGAAGCCCUCAAGUGGGGCGAGUCCUUGGAGAAGCUGCUGCUUCAUAAAUACGGGUUAGCAGUGUUCCAGGCCUUUCUGCGCACCGAGUUUAGUGAGGAGAACCUGGAAUUCUGGCUGGCAUGCGAGGACUUUAAGAAGGUCAAGUCACAGUCCAAGAUGGCAGCCAAGGCCAAGAAGAUCUUUGCCGAGUACAUCGCAAUCCAGGCGUGCAAGGAGGUAAACCUGGACUCGUACACACGGGAGCACACCAAGGACAACCUGCAGAGCGUCACGCGGGGCUGCUUCGAUCUGGCGCAGAAGCGCAUCUUCGGGCUCAUGGAAAAGGACUCGUACCCACGCUUCCUCCGCUCUGACCUCUACCUGGACCUCGUUAACCAAAAGAAGAUGAGUCCCCCACUUUAGGGGCCGCCAGGGUAGAGCUCAGCAUUCACACUAGGAGGGCUGGGCUUCCUCCUACGCCUCCCUCUCCCCUGCGACGGAGGGGGCAACCAAGCCCCCAGAGGCCACGUCUCCGGACGGACAGAUGGACAUUUGGAUGAGAGGCUGGGACCAAGAGAGGCCCAGGCCACUGGAGGAGAGAAGGACCGGCCCCACUGGGUCCCCACUGCCGCGGUACGAGGGGGCUCCAGGGCCCCGGCAGGUCAGGGGCCCUGGCUGAACCAGAUCCGGAGCUGCUGCUCCCUGCUGCGGAGACCUCACGUUGACCAAGUUCCUUAAAGAACUGGCUGGUGGGGCAGGGGCAUGGCCCGGGCUCCAGGGCUCUCCAGGGGCCACUGGGGCUCGCGCAGAGCCCCCGCCUUGAGUUUUAUUUAUUUAAACAGUAGUAGGAUGCUUGACACGUCUUCCUGUAAUAGGAAACCGUUGCCUCAUCAGUUUUCCUAGUUUACAAGUGCAAUAUUUUAACCAACGCCUUGUGAAAAGCCACCUUGCAGAGAAGGUGGGCAUCAUUUUCCAGGUUCAGGGGAUGUGCUGGCCCCAGGCACCGGUGGCAGGCAGCUGGGCCUUCUGGACUGAUGAGGCCUGGAGGAGCGGGCGAUGCCGUCUGCCCUCGCCCAGAAAUCCAGCGCCCUCGAGGAAGGAGGUCCCUUGAGGGGCUCUGGGGAAGCAUGACCCCCUCAGACCACACAGCAGCCAAGUUCUGGAGCAAAUAAAAGGCCUGUGUUA